AUGGCUCUGGCACAUCAUCUGCUCCCCCGCCUGCCUCGCACGAUCCACCCGAUCCGCACGGCCUCACUCUAUCACUGUCGCCACGCGUCGUCGCAGUCCGGGCCAUUCCUCCGCAUCCAGAAAACGCAGUCGCCGAGUCCCCUGCCCGAGGCCGGACAGUUGCAGUUCGGGCGGGCGUUUACGGAUCACAUUUUCACCUUCGAAUGGACAACAGAGCAUGGCUGGACGAACCCCCAGAUCACGCCGUAUGGCAAACUGCCCCUCGACCCGGCGGCCUGUGUGCUGCACUACGCCUUCACCUGCUUCGAAGGCAUGAAAGCGUACAAGGACCCGCAGGGCCAGGCACGGCUGUUCCGGCCGGAGAAGAACCUGCAGCGGCUUAACCGGUCAGCGGCGCGAAUCGCGCUGCCCACGUUCGACGAGAGCCGCGUGUUGGAUAUGCUGACGCAGUACGUGGAGUUAGAGAAGCGGUUUAUCCCCGCCUUGCCGGGUUACUCACUCUACCUGCGGCCCACGCUGCUGGGCACGGAGGCCAGCAUCAGUGUGUCACGGCCGCGAUCGGCGCUGCUGUACGUAAUUGCCUGCCCGAUGGGGAAUUAUUUCGCCGGGGGCAUGAGGGCUGUCUCGUUGCAGGCGACGCGAUCGCCGGUCCGGGCGUGGCCCGGCGGGGUAGGUGAGUUCAAGGUCGGGGGCAACUAUGCGCCCAGCAUUGUGCCGCAGGAGGCGGCGGCGGCGGGGGGGUCGCAGCAGAAUCUGUGGCUUCUGGCGGAUGAAAGCCGGGGCGAGGAGUAUGUAACUGAGGCAGGGACGAUGAAUCUGUUUGUCGUCUGGGUGAAUCCCCUCACCGGGCAGACGGAGCUGGUGACGCCCCCCUUGGAUGGAACGAUCCUCCCAGGGGUGACCAGGACGUCUAUUCUGGAGCUGGCGAGGGAGAGACUGGGGCCGGAGGGGGUGCAGGUGAGAGAGACGUGCAUCACCAUGAAGGACCUGGCCAAUGCCUCAAGGGAAGGACGGCUGUUGGAGGUGUUUGGCGCGGGCACGGCGGUCAUCGUCUCGUCCGUCAGAUCGAUUCAAUGGAACGACCGGACGAUUGAUUGUGGCCUGAGCAAGGACGAAGAGGCCGGCCCGGUGACUCUGAAAGUGAAGAAGUGGAUUGAGGAGAUCCAGUAUGGUCUUGUGGAGCAUCCUUGGAGUUAUCGGGUGUGAUAUGCGAGGUGGUCGAUAAGUAUUACAGAAGGAUCGAUUCUUGCGCUAGAGGUUGAUAGUCAUAAUAACCCAAGUCUGAGUCAAGAAGGCAAAUGAUAAACUUAAUCUCAAUGGCCAUCUAUACCACUCCAUC